AUGGCUCUUGUCGACUACUCAUCAUCGUCAUCGCAUUCCGACAGUGAAAACGAUGAAGCGCCAUCGGCACCGCCGGCCAAGCGGCGUAAGCACUCGCCGGGCUCCGGGCCACAGCCCAACGCCCCGAGCGCUCCGUCCAGCUCCGAAUCUGGGCUGCCACCCUUGCCCUCGGCAUUCCACGACCUGUAUGCGUCCACCGUCCGCCACAGCGUCGUCGAUGAUCCCGCGCUGCAUCAGGGCCGCAAGAGACUGAUUCCUCACGUCGUGGGCAACUGGCCCAGCCAUCUGUACAUUGAGUGGCAUCCACUGGCUGACCAGCAUGAGAAGCUGGUUCAAUUGGUAUGCAAGGUCAAUGAGCACGUUGGCAAUCGAGCCAAGCUGCACAGCUUUCUGACGAGUGACUUGGGGGCGCCUUUGCCUCUCCACAUCAGCCUGUCAAGGCCCAUUUCCCUCAGCACCUCUAACAAGGACGUGUUCCUCGACAAGAUCUCAUCAGCCCUGCACGCCAGCGCCGUGCCCCGGUUCUCCGUUAGCCCCAAAAGAUUAAGGUGGUAUCAGUCUCCAGAUUCCAAUCGCACGUUUCUUAUUCUCCAAGUAGCGAGCUCGCAAACUUCGGAUAGCACUGGAGCUCUGUCCAAUCCAGAGCUUAUGCGGCUGUUGAGUGCUUGCAAUGACAUGGUCCAGUCGUUCAACCAGCCCAUUCUGUACCAGACCAAGGAGACGGACUCUGCGGAUGAAGCAUUCCACAUAUCCAUUGGAUGGGCACUCGAUCUCCCCGUGGAUGAAGAUUCCAAUAAAGCUCUAGACGCGUUUGGAGACGAAGAUUUCCAGUCCAUCAAGUCGUGGAAGGUUUCGGUGCCUGGGGUCAAGGUAAAGAUAGGCAAUGUCGUAAGCCACCUGCCGCUGUCUACGGGAGCGGCUUCAACUGCUUCAAAGGGCCUAUCAAAAUCGUUCUUUGGACUCUAA